AUGAUAACAAAAGCUUGGUCAGCUGCCAAGGAGUCAAACAUGGCCAAAGACGAGGUAAACGAUGUAUUGUAUCAUUUGUGCAUGACAGCAAAGGGUAAUCUUCAGAGAAAUAUGCCUAAAGAGGUUAGGAUACUCAAGUAUCUUCUUACAAUUGAAGAUCCUGAAGAGAGAAUGUGUGCCCUAAAAGAUGCUUUCACCCCUGGAGAAGAACUUGAAGGGAAGGAUGUAGACUGCCUAUACACCACACCAGAACAUCUGCACACCUGGAUUAAAAUGGUGCUGGAUGCUUACCAUUUCAGCAGAGAAGGCACUCUUAUUAAGGAAGCUAGGGAUUUGAUGAACCCAAAAAUCAUCCAAAAACUGGAAGAGUUGAAGAAAUUAGUCCAAGAUAACUUCAUGUAA